AUGGGGAGAGUGGUCUUUAUCUUGCUGGUGGCUUAUACGGUUGCUGUUGGAGCCAGUGGGGGAUUGGGUUCUAGUUUUCCAGCUAACAUCGGUGGGACAUGCACGCCAGAACAGACUUGCAGUGGCCAAUGUCCGUGGACAGAAGGAAAUAGCGGGCGCCCUCCACUCUGUUUCUGUGACCAAGAUUGUCCAUUCUUCAACGAUUGCUGCAAAGACCACACCCAGUGCAGUCGCUACAGGACUCACGUUAGUGCUAUCCACUCACAAACACCCUCAAUAACAAGCACAAAUGCUACAUACAGCUGCGUCAGGGUGCGGAACUUCGUCGACAAAAAGGAGUGGCAGAUCAUCAGUGCCGGAAGGCCAGUCGAAAAGCUGCAAUAUGGAUAUUACAUUAUUGCAUCUUGUCCUACAAAGAUGUCUUCAGACAUUGAUAGGAACUAUCGCAAGAUGUGUGAAGAUGAAACCCGCGACGUCAUAUUAAAUACACCUGUAUACGACCAUCAGGGACUCACAUAUAAGAAUAUGUUUUGCGCUCUCUGUAAUGGCUUGAGCAUACAGAAUAUUAAAUCCUGGAACGUUGAGUUUUCCAAAUGCAAUUCAUCAUUUAACAGUACUGGGUUAUGGACAGUAAACUCCGAAAUAGGGACUUCGGGUACGUUUACAAAGUGGGUGUCACUUGCAACAAAAUACUGCGAUGUAACUGUGACUGAACCAGCCAAAGCGAAACCCCUCCGCCGGUGCUUUCCAAAUCUUGUUUCUAAUUGUCCGAGUAGUUUCUUUGACCAGCGGAUUAGGACUUUGUGUCGGAGAUACCAGUCCGUAAUAGCAGCAAAUGGAAUCUACUACAGGAACAAGUACUGCGCUCAGUGUAACCUAGGCGUCGAAGUGCGAUGCAACAUUGUGCGGUAUGACCCACCUCAAAUCAGAUUUUACUCACUGAGGAUAGUAGCGGACUUCUCAAAGGGUGACUAUUACGUUAUAAAUCACGAGGGAGAAAGAUCGCUGGGAUUCCCACCUUGUCCCAAUCAGGAUCAAAUCUUUGACAUCUUUCUUGAGAAAUGUCGUGUAGUCAAUUGCGCAAAGGGAUAUCUUACCCCAUUUGGUGACUGUAUCAAGAUUCCUUCGACGAUUCCAACAUCAUGUGGACCAUUCAGGAAUACAAAGAGUGUUCGUAUCGAAACUCAGAUAUCCAACAAGUUUGAUUUCAGAUCUAACGAGUGCUCUGAUAUGAUAGACUGGUGGUUGACAUGUGUUUCAGAAGUUCAGAGAGUGCACUUAUCCUUCACUUUGAAUGAUCUUGUUGGGGAAUGUUCCGUUGACAAUAUUUACAAGAUAGCUAAUAUGUCAAUCACUACCACGAACAGCAGCGACCCAAGGGUGUCGACAUCGUUAUUGGGUCUUAUCAAUACCUUCAAAUCUCAACUGGAAAUCCAGUCAUUACCAUGCCAAACCUUAAACGUAGAUUUCCAACAAGGGUGCUUGUCUCUUCAUCGUGACCUCAUCGGGGCGGGAAAAUGUCGAGACGUCACCAUGAACUCUUCCCGAUCAGUAGAAUUCAAUGUCACUGAAAACCAGACGAGUGUUCCAACGAAUCUUAACGUUAACUACCAGGCAAAGAUUCUUCAGAAUCUUAUAUAUGUAACGAGUUUCACGGAAACAGGUACCCAGGUACAUACGAGGCAAAGAGUUAUGGCAUGCAACCGUUUAGCGUUGGAUCAUGUGCCUUGUCCAGUAGACUCGGCCCCUUAUAGUGACUUCAUAGUAGUUCCUGUAAAAAACGGCCGGGAACGACUUAAAUACCUGCCGACGGAGAAAAUCAUCAAAGCUAAUCAAUAUGAGAUUACAGCAAAUGGAACAGUCUUGGUGUGCCACGGUGUCCUGGGGAAUACUUCGGCGUCCAUAUCCGAAGAAAGGAUACCUAUCUUCAGUUUUUCUUCUGCAGAGAUCCUUGUUAGUUGCUUCGGAUUAGGGCUUUCCUUGAUAAGCAUGCUCAUUACUUUCACAACCUACUUAGUGUUUCCCUCCAUGCGGAACCUUCCUGGUAAGACCGUUAUGUCUCUCAUUGUUGCUCUUUUCGUAGGUCAAGGGUUGUUCCUCUUCGGUGUUGGUGAGACACAGAACGAUACAAUCUGUACCGUGAUAGCCAUCAUUCUGCACUACGCUUGGCUCAGUGCCUUCACCUGGACCAAUGUUCUUGCUUUUCACCUGUCACAGAGCCUAGGAACAAGAGCAGGCUCCAUGAGGAAGCGUUUCGUGAUGGGCUCCAAGAUCUACAAGACAUUCCUUUUGUACUGCGCCUAUGGCUGGGGAGCACCUCUCGUUGUUGUUCUAGUUAGUGUCGCGGUUGAUUUCUGGAGCAAUGCAGAUUUCCAGUACGGGACCGUAGCGAGCUGUUGGAUUACUGGAGGUCUCGCGAACCUUUUAGCCUUCGGGGUACCCGUUGGCUUGACGUUGCUGGUCAACGUUGCUAUGUUCACUAACAUUGUAAGUGGGUUCCUCUCAAGAAGAACGCCGAGAAGUGGUCUGGAAGACGAGAGAAGGAGAAGGAGAAAAACGAGAAGAGAUACGAUGGUCUCAUUCAAGAUCGCCUUAUUAAUGGGGUUCACUUGGCUAUUCGCCUACAUCGCCGCUUGGGCAGCUAUAACGGUUCUCUGGUAUGUCUUCAUCUUGUUAAAUAGCCUUCAAGGUGUCUACAUCCUAACCGCAUUCACCUGUAAUAGAGGCACAUGUAAACUCUGGAGCACAAAAGUGAACAGAUUCCGUGAGAGAUGUUCCAAGAUGGUGACACGUACUACCAACAAUUCGAGUGGGCAUCACCGGUGCAUACGGGAAGAUGGGAGUCGCGAUGAACUCAGCGGUGACAUCUGCCAGGGCGAAGAAGCUAUGGAAGAGUGCAAGUUAAAAUUGAAAUGCAAUGAAGAUGCAGAACCUGACGCAGACAUUGAUGGAGCUCCUGAAUUAUCAAUCACACCAGUGUGA